UGACCGGAUCCGGAGCCAAUACUCGAGAGUCAUCGGAUCGUUACCCGAUCCUAGUCCAAAUAAGGACACCACGUUCUCUUUCUUCUUCAUCUUCUCUACAUGAUCCAGUUGAGAUCCGAACUGUAAAUUACGAAUUUAGAUGCUCGUAAGUAAUUCGACCAUUGUUCUGCUUAUUUUCAAGAAUUUGGGUUAAUACCUUAGGAUUAUAGAGAGGAGGGGAGGAAAAUGAUGGUCGAGGAUCUAGGGGUGGAGGCGAAGGAGGCGGCGGUGAGAGAGGUGGCGAAGCUUCUGCCGCUGCCGGACUUAUUGCAGUCCAUUGCUUCAAUAAAAGCUGAUUACAUUGCCCGUCAACAGGCAAAUGAUGCACAACUCAGUACAAUGGUUGCUGAACAGGUUGAGCAGGCACAGGCAGGUCUUGAAUCACUGACUUUGUCUCAGAAGACGAUAACUCAGCUCAGAGAGAAUUUUGUUGAGAUUGAGAAAUUAUGUCAAGAAUGCCAGACAUUGAUUGAAAAUCACGAGCAAGUAAAGCUCCUCAGUAAUGCGAGGAAUAAUCUGAACAUGACUCUGAAGGAUGUGGAGGGUAUGAUGUCAAUCUCUGUGGAGGCUGCAGAAGCACAUAAUUCCUUGAGUAAUGAUAAGGAAAUUAUUAACACCUACGAGAGGUUAACUGCGCUGGACGGGAAACGAAGGUUUGCAUUAGCAGCUGUAUCAUCUCAUGAAGAAGAGGUUGGUCGCCUGAGAGAAUACUUUGAAGAAGUAGAUCGCACAUGGGAGACGUUUGAGACAACAUUAUGGGGUCAUUUCGCCAACUUCUUCAAACUUGCUAAAGAAAGCCCACAGACACUGGUUCGUGCAUUGAGGGUUGUUGAAAUGCAAGAAAUCCUGGACCACCAAGUAGCAGUGGAAGCAGCUGAGGCUGAAGGAGAUGGUGCAAUGGAGACUAUAGCAAAUCCUCGUAGAAAUGCCAAGAAAUCUGCAAGUUCAUCAGCGUCCUCUAGAAAUCUUACACAGCAGAAGUUGAAGGUUCAAGGUAAAGGCUACAAGGAUAAAUGUUAUGAGGCAAUAAGGAAGUCCGUUGAAGCACGUUUCGACCGAUUGCUCACUGAGUCCGAGGACCUAAAAGGAGCUUUAGAGGAUGCUAGAACGAUUGGUGAAGAGCUUGGAGAUAUAUACGAUUAUGUUGCACCAUGCUUUCCUCCUAGAUACGAAAUAUUCCAGCUCAUGGUGAAUCUUUACACUGAGAGAUUUAUUCAGUGGCUUAGGCUACUCAGUGACAGAGCUAAUGAUCUGACAAAUAUAGAGAUACUAAAGGUAACUGGCUGGGUAGUUGAAUACCAAGAUAAUCUAAUUGCACUUGGUGUUGACGAGACUCUGGCUCAAGUUUGUUCAGAGAGCGGUGCAAUGGAUCCCCUUAUGAAUACUUAUGUUGAACGAAUGCAAGCCACAACCAGGAAAUGGUACUUGAAUAUACUUGAGGCUGAUAAAGUACAGCCACCAAAGAAAACGGAGGAUGGAAAGCUGUACACGCCAGCUGCUGUUGAUUUGUUUCGCAUCCUUGGAGAGCAAGUGCAGAUUGUACGAGAAAAUAGUACUGAUGUCAUGCUAUAUAGAAUUGCUUUGGCCGUCAUUCAGGUAAUGAUUGAUUUUCAAGCAGCUGAAAGGCAGAAAUUGGAAGAACCUGCUUCUGAAAUAGGUCUAGAAGCUCUAUGUGCAUUGAUCAAUAACAAUCUUCGCUGCUACGAUCUAGCUAUGGAGCUAAGCUCUACCACACUUGAAGCUCUCCCACAGAAUUAUGCUGAGCAGGUUAACUUUGAGGACGCUUGCAAAGGUUUCCUGGAGGUUGCAAAGGAAGCUGUUCAUCAAACUGUAAGUGUCAUUUUUGAAGAUCCAGGAGUUCAGGAAUUACUUGUAAAGCUGUAUCAGAAAGAUUGGUUGGAAGGACAGGUUACUGAGUACCUAGUUGCAACAUUUGGUGAUUACUUUACAGAUGUUAAGAUGUACAUUGAAGAAAGAUCAUUUAGACGAUUUGUUGAGGCCUGCCUGGAAGAAACUAUUGUUGUCUAUGUUGAUCAUAUGCUUCUCCAGAAAAACUAUAUCCAAGAAGAGACAAUUGAGAGAAUGAAGCUAGAUGAAGAGGUUCUCAUGGACUUUUUCCGGGAGUACAUAAGUGUUUCUAAAGUCGAAAACAGAGUAAAGGUACUUGGUGACUUGAGGGAACUUGCUUCAUCGGAGAGCCCAGAUUCUUUCACACUUGUAUACACAAAUAUUCUUGACCAUCAGCCAGAUUGUCCUCCAGAAGUGGUUGAGAAACUUGUUAGCUUACGAGAAGGCAUACCAAGGAAAGAUGCUAAAGAGGUUGUUUCUGAGUGCAAAGAAAUCUAUGAAAAUUCUCUUGUUGAUGGGCAACCUCCAAAGACGGGUUUCGUUUUCCCUAAAGUGAAGUCCCUAUCAGCUUCCAAGCACAACCGCCUGUGGAGAAAACUCACCUAGUCGUACAACUGCUCAUCUUUUCUGUUUUCAUUUCUCGUGCAAUUUGGCAAUCUCCAACUUCCACUGUUGUCCCUGUUGUAUAUAUGAAUGUAACAAUCGGCUUUUAUUUUUAUCAUCGAUAAGCAGGUGAAUUUAAAACUUGCGUGAGAUCGAUAUUAUGUUGAUGAGAGCUUGAUUUGAUUGAAUUUUUCGAGCUAACGUUUAAAUCUGUGGUUGGGCAGUUCUGCAAUAGUA